AUGGCUUCUUUUAUGCGCUGGUAUGGCACCAAGCUCGCUCAGCGUCCCAUGCUCACCCAGAGUGUCACUACCGCCGUUCUCUUCGCAACUGGUGACACCAUGGCCCAGCAGGGUGUCGAGAAGGUCGGCUUGAAGAACCACGAUCUCGCCCGCAGUGGACGCAUGGCCCUCUACGGAGGAGCUGUCUUCGGUCCUCUUGCUACCACCUGGUUCGGCUUCCUCCAGCGCCGUGUUCGCAUCCCCAGCUCGCCCAACAUGGAGAUCCUCGCUCGUGUUGGUCUCGAUCAGGCCAUCCUCGCUCCUACCAACUUGUUCGUCUUCCUGUCCUCCAUGGCUAUUAUGGAGGGUUCCGACCCCUCAAAGAAGAUCGAGUCCACCUACUGGAACGCUCUCUCCAAGAACUGGAUGCUUUGGCCAUUCGUUCAGGCUGUGAACUUCAAGUUUGUGCCUCUUCACCACAGAGUCCUCGUUGUCAACGUUGUCUCAUUGGGCUGGAACUGCUACCUCUCCUACCUGAACUCCACCGGCUCCCCCAUCCCUAAGGAGCUUCCUCCUUCAUAG